UUAGGGCAAAUCCACCGCUAUAGGAUAUAUUUUCUAUAGUAAAAAUGGGAAAAGUUUGCAUCGUAAACAGUUGCCAAAGUGGGCGUAAGAGGAAAAAACAGAAAAAUGUUACGAAAUCCGUAUCUUUUUUCCAACCAACGGUAAGUAUGUAAUUUUCACUACACCUUAUAAAACAAAGUCCCCCGCCGCGACUGUCUGUUCGUGGGUUUGAAUGUAUCUUUGCGAUAAACAAACUACUGGACGGUUUCAGUUCGAUUUUCAUGUAUCAAUAGAGUGAUUCUUGAGGAAGGUUUACGUAUAUAAUUUGUUGACUAUAGUUCGUUUUUUUUAGCAUUAGAAAGAACUUGCAAGAAGGUAAGCGAUUUUGACAUGUCUUUUAAUUGAAAAACGCUUUUUAAAAUUCAAAAACUAUUACUGAUGAAAGCAGAAGAAUAUAAAUGAUCGUAUUAGAUUCAUAAUUGUUACAUAUUUGCCGUAACUUAUUUUUAAAAUGUGUUUUUCAAUUAAAAGACACAUCAAGAUUGUUUACCUAAUUUCUAAUGCUAAAAAAAACGAACUAUAGUGCGAAGCCGGUCGCUAGUUAUUUAAUAAAAUAUUAUAUUGUGAUUUUUAUAUUUUUCUUAUAAAAUUCACAAUUUCACUUCAACAAUUCUUCAUUUUUCUAUUAAUUCUCAGACUCCGGCACGGUUAGAAAGUUGGAAAAAGUCGUUAGGAAUUGCAUUAAAAGCAAAUGAUUAUAUUUGCCAUCUUCAUUUUAAAGAAGAAAAUAUAAAUAUGUACGAAAAGUUAACUAUUAAAGGAGAGCUCAAAUAUAUUCCUACACAAAGAAAAACGCUUAAGGAAGAAGCUGUGCCCACGAUUGAGCAUCAGUUUAUUCCCAUUCCCGAACAUGAACUCCAAGCCAAUACUAUUCACAUAGAGGAAUCUUUCGAACCAUACCCCAAUCAACCUAAGGACGAGCAGCAACAACAAAUCAAUGCCGAGCAACAGGAAUUAUCAGAAGAUCAAAAUGAUUCUAAUAAUUUAAUGGAUUAUGAAAUGAUACAACAGGACUUUGCGGAACCAUUGUUUAGUCAAUAUCAGGAUACUAAUGUAACAAUUAAUCCAAUAGAGAAUUUUAAAAGUAAGUUUCGGGCAUUUUCGUUGUUGCCGCCUUUUUGGCUACAUGCAGAAAAUCCUAAUGGGCUGGAAUUUAUGCGAAUGGAUCCAAAAACUCAGAAGAUUAAACAUCAUAUACGUUUAAACGAUGAUCUAACUGUCACUGUAAUUUUUCCCAAUAAUGAACAAUUGCCACUAAAGGAGAAAAUUAAUUCAUAUGACAACACCUACGAUUACUUAAAAUCGGUUGAAAGAUGGCCUUUGUGCGUUGGUACUCAGAUUGACGACAAUAAAUUUUGUAAAGGUGUGAUUAUUGGUGAUGAUACUUACGAAAGAAAUCAACAGUACCCAAGAUGUAAAUCUUGUCGAAUAUUACGAAAUCGUUUGCAGAACCGUAAUUCCACUUCAACUCUAUUACAAAAAAUGGCAGAAGCUAAACGGCGCGCUUCAAAUCUUGUACAUAAAUGCAAGCGUCUGAAGAGGACGAAUAUCCAAUUAAGAGAGAAAAUUUCCUUGGCUAAGGCGCAGUGUGCAAAGAAAUCGGAUACCGUAGUACAAGCAUCUAUUUCAAAACUACCUGAAGAAUUUCAAAAUGCCGUGAGAUCAUGUUUUGAAGCCGCGAAAAAAAAUAAUACAAAAGGUCGUCGAUAUACGUUAGAAUGGAUUUAUGAGUGCAUGUUGAUACGUAUAAAAAGCAGGAAUACGUAUGAAUUUAUACGUAAAAGAAUUAUUUAA